CCCGACCUUUUCCUCGCAAGACGCUUCAAUCCCUCCAUCGAGCGAGAGAAGCCCCAUGGCGAGAAGCAUCGCCUACGUCUCCCCUUCUCAACUGAUCUCCAUCAACCGAUCCACAAGGGUAGCCAUCGUCGACGUCAGGGACGAUGAGAGGAGCUACGAUGCGCACAUCGCCGGCUCUCAUCACUUCGCCAGCGACUCGUUCUCGAAGAGGAUGCCCGAGCUCUUGGAAGCAGUCAAGGGCAAAGACACCCUCGUCUUCCAUUGCGCCCUCAGCCAGGUAAGGGGUCCAACUUGUGCACGGACGUUUGCAAAUUACCUAUCAGAAAUAAAAGGCGAUGCAGGGAUCAACAAGAUUAUGGUAUUGGACCACGGUUUCAACGGGUGGCAUGCCUCUGGUAGACCUGUUUGCCGAUGCACCGACAUCCCUUGCAAAGGUGAAACUCUAUGAAUGCACGGUUGCAUUUCGUAAUCCUUCCUGGGUUAAUUAUCAGCUGAGAAAUUCAGAGAGGAGAAUUACCAAGUUCAUCGAUAUAGUUAUACAGUUGUACCACACAUUGAAUUACCAAUGUACGCAGCAUGCUAACUUUCCGUUGAGAUUACUGGGAAAUCUCGCGUGCUAUUUGAAAGAUUGUAUGCAAAGGAGAAGUUAUUCUUUCUUCAUUUCUAUAUCUUUAGUUUAUUUUCACUAACAGCAUACCCUAUAAGGCUUUAAGGAUGAUAUUAUCAUUAAAACCAACUUCAUAUCUACUUAAGCUCAAUUUUCUGCCGUC